AUGGAAGACAACCAUGAAUUACGCGAUCUUGAAGUUCCUUCUCCCGGGCAUGACCUUGAGCACCUUCUUGGAAACGGCGACGAAGAGUCUCCUCCCAUUGCUGACCAUAGCUCUGCCUCCGCAAUAGCACCACCAGACAAGCCUCCAACCGCGCGGGUGCAACCGCCAAGCCGGCGUCAGCGCCUGCGCUCAAACUGGCAUUCGAUAGCUUGGAAGGUGGAGAUUCUUAGCUGGAUUGCCAGUGCCUGCUGCUUUGUUGCCCUUGUUAUUACCCUGAGAGUGUUUGAUGUCGGCGAGUUCUUCUUGGAGAUAUCCUUUGGUUCUGGAAUUGGACAGCUAAAGUGGCUAAAUGCGCUGCAAAGGACACCCUUGGCUGACUUUCACGUCAUUGACGAGGCCAGCAGAGGGGCUUGGGGGAGCGCAGUGCUCAUUGCUAGUCGCAGAGGCGGUUUGAUAGCUUCUCUGGGUGCUUUUAUCACCAUAGCUGCUCUGGGCAUCGGCACCUUCGUUCAACAGGCCUUGAACUACGAUACCAUCUACCCGGCCUCUGGAAAUGCACUGAUUCCUAUUGCACAAUAUAUGAAUGGUGUCGGUACGGCGCCCGUUGGCAAUGGAGGGACCACAGCUAAUGUCGAUUCCGUGCUCACUUCAGCCCCUUACCUGGCCUUCUUUAACCCUCCGAGUACCAACUUCACCGCAACGGCACACUGCAGCACUGGCAAUUGCACAUGGAGCUCUUAUCAGUCGUUGGGGUUCUGCAAUACCUGCAAAAAUUUGUCGCGGAAACUCAAAAGAGAUAAAAUACGCAUCAUACCUCAUAACCUUACUGACGAGGCUUACGACACAAAUGUAUACACUUUGCCGAAUGGUUUUGGACUGACUGGCAUCCAGACAGGGCAAAUGAAUAACCAAGUCGAUUCAUCCAUCACAAACGGCGUACUCAACGUAUCCACCACCAUUACACCGGAUGACUGGAGCUCCGUCGCGUUUCCACACAAUGGGUCAGUGUUGAUAAGCGUUUUCGCUGUUGCUGCUGCUCCUGGCACAAUCCCCGAGCAGCCAGACCAGACCAGAGUGCCAUCCGAAAAGAUGACGGGAGGGAUAUAUGCGGCCCCAGUAGCCUUUGAGUGCAUGUUGCAAUUUUGCGUUCGCAACAUGAGUGCCGUCUUUGCUAACGGUACAUUACACGAGACGGUCGUUUCGGUCUGGACAAACGAAACACAAGGCAUUGUUCCCGAAAAUGAGCAUUACAUUCUGCGUCCACCUCAUGCAGGCGAAUUCCGUGUCUUGGCCAUUUCAAAGGUCGCGACCGGCCUGUGGCUCAAUUCCCUACUUAGUGGAAGUGCACAUUCAAGCCUGAUCGACUCACUCGAAUCUUCCGCUUCUUCGGAUCUAGCUCAAAUAAUGAGAACGGCGAUGAACAGCUCAGAGAUGGGAUUUACAGACUUGAUGGACAAUCUGGCCAAUAGUCUAUCCCUCAGCCUUCGGAGUGCAUCGUACCAGCCAUCACCUAUACAUGGUAAAGCUUUUGCUCCAGUUAGCCACGCCGUUGUGACGUGGGAAUGGCUCAUUCUACCUGCAUUCGAAUUGGUGGCCUCUCUGGUAUUUUUGGUAAUAGUAAUGAUGAAAACGAGAAAGGCGGGUCUGGUACCGUGGACUAACAAUAUAUUGGCCGUCUUCUUUCACGGGUUUGAUCAACGACCUAUGAUGCCUGGCAUUGAUGAGGGUGAAACGGCCAUGGAAAAGGAAGCUCACGGAUUGCUUGUACAAUUUCAAGCAAGAGAAGAGGGCGGCAGGUUAAUCACUGUGAAUAGAUAG